CUGCUGCUCUGUUCUGAGAAUGACACAAGAGGGCCCACACCUCUGUACUGGCAGUCACAGGCUCAUACAAGCUGCAUUUCCACAGAGAAGCUCCACCACAGUCUGUGCUCAUCAUUCAUUCUUCAACUCAUCAAAGAGAGAGUAUUAGCAACGGGAGAGCAGCUGAGAGGCUGCCGUUAAGGGAUCAGCCAUGCUUGGAGGCAUCCACACAGAAUUGUUGGUGACAGCGACUCUACUCUUUCUAACUCAGACAAGGACUCAGUGCAGGGCUGAAAAUGACUUUUCAUUAGUUACUUUACCAGACUGGAGAACAAAUGCAGAAUAUGUUACACAGUGUAACAAUCUGAUUUGUGACUGGACAAGGAACCAACGAAGAACAGGUACAGCAGAGGAUGUUGCAGUGAAUAUCUUAGAGAGUGGUCCACUGGGUCUGGUGGGGGAGGCUUGUCUGGAGUUUUGGUACCUAGCCCCGGAUGCAGCUAAAGGGUCAGAACUCCGCGCUCUGCUAAAAAGCAGCACAGGUCUGGUGGAACUCUGGACGUCACCUCCCCUCCCCAAGGAUUCUUGGAGACAAGUGUUUGUCCCCUUGAACGUCAUUGAACCAGGAGCUCAGGUUGUAUUCGAAGCAGUGUCCAUGGAGGGACAGGUCUCAUUUAACCAGAUAGGUGUAAGAAGAGGCUCAUGUGGACACCAGUGUGAAUCUAACACAGAGUUAUGGACAGAUGAGUCCACCCGCUGUCUCUGUUCUGCUGGCCAGCUCUCCUGCUCUCCUUCUCAGUGCCCUAAGGGCCAAAUCUGUGGUCCUCAAAGACGAGGCUCCAAUGGGAUUUCUGCCUUUGGGACGUGUACUAUACACAGUCACACAGACUGCAGCACUUUUGAUGGAGUGCUGUUCCGCUUCAUGGCUCCCUGCACCUACACACUGGCUAAGACCUGCUCACCCACUGACGCCCUGCCUAUGUUCAGUGUUGAAGUGGUCAACGAGCAGAACAAGAACUCUUCUCUGCCAACUGUUCAACAGGUCAUUGUGGGGGCGGGGGACUUCAGAGUGUCCCUGCUGAAAAGGCAGACACAGCGCGUUGUGGUUAAUGGGGUCUGGAGAAAGCUUCCACUGAACCUCAGCAGUGGCACUGUUAUCAUCAAGAGCAACCCCGUUGCUGUUGUACUGGUAACCAGCUUUGGUCUUUCUGUCUCAUAUGACAACGCUGGUGCUGUCCAUAUCAACUUGCCACCUACUUACUCUGAUAAUGUCUGUGGCUUGUGUGGAAACUUUAACUACCUAAAAGGAGAUGAUUUCAGAAAGCCUGAUGGUGAAGUUGCUUACAACGCUACAGCUUUGGCUGAGAGCUGGCAGUCAGGGCGAACCCCUUCCUCCUGUGAAACCAUUCAAGUACCUCAUCAGUGCGACCCACUGGAUGAGGCAGAGUAUGCCAGUGAGCUGUACUGUGGAGGCCUCCUCUCUAGUACUGGGCCCUUCACUGACUGCCAGUCAGUCUUGGAGGCAGAAAGCUACUUCAGGGGCUGUGUGGUCGACAUGUGCUCUACUCAUGGUGACCCAGUGGUGCUAUGUAAGAAAUUACAUUUCUAUGCUGAUAUCUGCCAGGAGGCUGGAGUUGCCAUACCCAUGUGGAGGAAUUCUACAUUUUGCCCGCUUCAGUGUGGUGAGAACAGCCACUAUAACUCUUGUGCUGAAGGCUGUCCCGAAGUGUGCUCCAGCCUGGAUACAACUGGCUCCUGUGGAAGCUGCGAAGAAAGAUGUGUGUGUGACUCUGGCUUCAAACUCAGUGGGAAAAAGUGUGUCCCAGCAGAGGACUGUGGGUGCUGGUAUAAUGGAAAACACUAUGAGAAAGGAGCAACACUGUUAGAAGGAGAGUGUGUGCAGCAGUGCCAGUGCAUGGGUAAUAAUGACAUGCAGUGCACCACAAUGCAAUGCACAGACAAUGAGGUUUGUAAAGUCAAGGAUGGGGUCAAAGGCUGCUUCCCUUUCUAUCCCGCCACCUGCAGUGUGUAUGGUGAUCCACACUAUAUCACCUUCGAUGGAAUGGCUUAUGAUUUUCAAGGGGGGUGCAGUUACACGCUGACUACCACAUGCGGAGAAGAAAGCUCAGUCCAGUUUACUGUGAUCGGACACAACAUCCAUCCUCCCCUUCAGAACUUCACCCGGUCCAAGCUGGAAGCUUUGACUCUUCAUGUUGAGGAUCUAAACCUCACCCUGAAUCAGAGCGGAAAUGUCUACGUGGAUAAUGUCCAUGUCCAACUUCCGUAUUCAACCAAUGGUACAUACGGCUCAGUAUGGGUGUAUAUGAAGAAUAAUUAUAUUAUCUUGGAGACGACCUUUGGCCUCAGAAUGAUGAUAGAUGGGCAGAACAGGCUCUUCCUUCAGGUGGAUGAGCGCUACAAGUAUGAACUGUGUGGACUGUGUGGCACCUACUCCGAACAACAGGACGAUGACUUCAUAACACCAGGAGGCAAAAACGCUACUGAGCCGUUUGAGUUUGGUGACAGCUGGAGGGUGCAAGGCAAUAAUGAGUGUAUUUCCCAUCCAAAUGAUCCCAGGCACUGUGAUUAUGAUGAGGAGAAUGAGGCCUACAAUGAAUGCUACAUGCUGCUAGGGGAUGCCUUUAAGCCCUGCCAUGAAACCAUUCACCCAAGCAUCUACAUCAAUAGUUGUGUUUAUGACUACUGUGCCACAAGUGGUGACCAACACACUCUAUGUGAAUCUCUGAAGUCCUAUGCAGCAGCAUGCCAAGUGGCAGGGGUAGAGCUGACCAACUGGCAGACAGGCACAGCCUGUGCUGACCCCUCAACCACCGCAACUCCUCCAACAACUCCAACUCCUACAUCUCCAACACAAGAUCAGACUUUCUGUCCCAUGAAUUGCGACUUCGAAAAAAAUCUGUGUGGGUGGGAACAGCUCAUACAGGACAGUUUUGACUGGACAAGAAAUUCAGGACCCACCCCAUCAAUCCUAACUGGCCCAAACCAAGACCACACCACUGGAGCUGGUUUCUACAUUUAUAUUGAGGGAAAUAGUGUAACCCAUGGAGAUUCAGCCCGUCUGCUGAGCUCAAUGUGCCAUUAUGAUGGCCCACUCUGCCUGCACUUUUGGUACCAUAUGUAUGGUUCAGCUUCAGCCAUGGCCCUCAAUAUCUACCUGCUCAAAGACAAUAAAGCUACCAAGCUCUGGUCCAUGAUGAACAACCAGGGACCAGAAUGGCAUCCAGUAAAUGUUGACAUCAGAGUGUCUGGUCCAUUCCAAAUUAUAGUGGAGGGAAUUCGAGGCUCUAAUGCUGAAUCAGAUGUGGCCAUGGAUGACAUUUCCGUGCAUUUUGGCUCAUGCUCAGGUAGUUUUCCUGGCCUGGUUAGUGGAACUGAACUCCCUUCCACAUCUGCGGAAAUCCUUCCCUCACACCCAGUCUGCAACAUCAACUGUAGCUUUGACAGCAACCUCUGUAGCUGGAAUCAGAUGAUCACAGAUGCUUUUGACUGGACAUGGCAAAGUGGUUCCACCCCCACCCUGCUGACUGGGCCCUCUGCUGACCACACUGGUGGUGGUCACUAUCUUUACAUCGAAGCCAGCAGCGUGACACACGGAGACACGGCUCGUCUCAUCAGUUCUAAGUGUUCUGAUUCUGGUCCUCAGUGUCUGCAGUUCUGGUACCAUAUGUACGGUUCAGCAGAUACAAUGGGCCUCCAUGUCUACUUGGUCCAAAACAGAUUAACCAACGCUGUUUGGUGGAAAAGAAAUGACCAAGGAAAUAUGUGGCAACUGGCUCAGGUGGACUUCACAACAACUGGAGCUUUCCAGAUUAUCAUUGAGGGGCGUAGAGGCUCCAGCGAGGUGUCUGACGUGGCCGUUGAUGAUGUAAAGCUUUAUCGUGGUCAAUGCUCUGAUCUGGGUGGUGUUGUGACAACAAGUCCUCCUGAACUUGAUGGAAACACCACAGCUCCUCCAAGUGUACCUGUGCCAACCACUGCAGCUCCAGAGCCUCCUCUGGUCAAUGUUACAGCUCAGCCACCUGUAGCAAAUGUCACCAUACCUCCCGUAGUGGAGGCAACAACCAACUUAUAUAAUGACAAUGUAACUGAAGCUUCAGAUAAUAGACCACCUCCACACCCAGUAUGCCAACUCAACUGUAAUUUUGAACAAGAUCUAUGUCAGUGGAGUAACAUUCUUACGGAUGUUUUUGAUUGGACAAGAAACAGUGGCUCCACUCCUACUAUGAUGACUGGGCCUUCUUCGGAUCACACCACAGGAGAUGGCCACUAUCUUUAUAUCGAGGCCAACAGUGUGUCGCAUGGAGACACAGCUCGUCUCAUCAGCUCGGAGUGUUUUUACUCUGGUCCUCAGUGUCUGCAGUUCUGGUACCAUAUGUACGGUUCAGCGGAUACAAUGGGCCUCCAUGUCUACUCGGUCCAAAAUAGAUUAACUGACGCUGUUUGGUGGAAAAGAAAUGACCAAGGAAAUAUGUGGCAAAUGGCUCAGGUAGACUUGACAACAACUGGAGCUUUCCAGAUCAUAUUUGAGGGUCGAAGAGGCUCCAACGAUCAGUCUGAUGUGGCCAUAGAUGAUGUAUUGCUGCAUCGUGGGCACUGUGCAGACCUGGCUAAACCAACCAGCCCAUCUACCACAACCUUCAAUCCAGCUGCAACAGAAGUCCCGGAGCUUCCUCCAGCAAACAGCUCAACUGCUACACAGCCACAAACAUCAACAUCAAAACCACAGCCACCAUCAACAACUACCAUUGCAAUGACUACCACAACAACAGCAGCUACUGUAACCACAAAGACCACACCACAGCUACCAAUAACAACCAGACCAAUAACAACAGCCACACCACGACCACCAACAACAACUAGACCACAACUUCCAACUGAAACUCUUCCACAAACAACAGUUAAACCACAACCACCAACCACUUCUCAACCAGAGUCACAAACAACAAAUAGGCCACAACCUACAACAACCAUUAAACCACAUCCGACAACAGGUAGGCCUCAGACUACAACCACAGCUACACCACAGCCUCCAUCAACAGCUACUCCACAACCUACAACAACCAUUAAACCACAUCCGACAACAGGUAGACCUCAGCCUACAACCACAGCUACACCACAACCUCCAUCAACAGCUACUCCACAACCUACAACAACCAUUAAACCACAUCCAACAACAGGUAGACCUCAGCCUACAACCACAGCUAUACCACAACCUCCAUCAACAGCUACUCCACAACCUACAACAACCAUUAAACCACAUCUGACAACAGGUAGACCUCAGCCUACAACCACAGCUACACCACAACCUCCAUCAACAGCUACUCCACAACCUACAACAACCAUUAAACCACAUGUGACAACAGGUAGACCUCAGCCUACAACCACAGCUACACCACAACCUCCAUCAACAGCUACUCCACAACCUACAACAACCAUUAAACCACAUCCGACAACAGGUAGACCUCAGCCUACAACCACAGCUACACCACAACCUCCAUCAACAGCUGCUCCACAACCUACAACAACCAUAAAACCACAUCCGACAACAGGUAGACCCCAGCCUACAACCACAGCUAUACCACAACCUCCAACAACAGCUUCACCACAACCUCCAACAACAGCUACUCCACAACCUACAACCACAGCUCAGCCACAACCACCAACAACUGCUAGACCACAACCUACAACCACAGCUCAACCACAACCUCCAACAACAGCUACUCCACAACCUACAACCACAGCUCAGCCACAACCACCAACAACUGCUAGACCACAACCUACAACCACAGCUCAACCACAACCACCAACCACAUCUCAACCAGAAUCACAAACAACAAAUAGACCGCAUCCUUCAACCACGGUUAAACCUAGACCCACAACAACAGCUGGACCACAAACAUCAACUACACCUGUACCAACACCCUCCUGCCCAAAGAACAGUCAUUACACCACUUGUAUCCCUGCCUGCAGUCCCACUUGCACAUACCUGAAUGGCCCACCACAUUGCAGUGACAAGGAGGAUUGUAUGCAGGGAUGUGUAUGUGAUGAAGGCUUUGUGCAGAAAGGGAGGGUUUGUGUGCCUAUCCAACAGUGUGGAUGUGUGGACAGGAAUGGCAACAAACAUCAGUUCAAUGAAGAGUGGUACACCAAUCACUGCAGUCAGAAAUGUGAAUGUGAGAAAGACGAUGGCGUGGGGAAGAUUGACUGCGAUGACAAAGAUGAAUGCGAUGGAAAUGCUGUCUGCCUUCAAAAUGAGGAUGGCAAUUAUGACUGCCAGUCUGCAGGCUUCGAUGAGUGCACUAUCAAGAGAGACCCCGAGUACAGAACCUUUGACAAAAUGAAGCAUGACUUUGAGGGUGAGCACUCAUAUGUUCUGGUCCGGACCAAGAACUUGCCAAGUAUCCUUCCAGAUGUCUACAUUGAGGGCAUCAAUACACGCACCGAUGACGAUGACAGUCAUGAGCAUGGUGACAGUAGCAGUGAAGAAGACCACAGUCACAGAGUUAGGGAUGAAGAUGAAGAUUAUGAUGAAGAUUAUGAUGUUGAACUUCGUCGUCCUGACCACAGUGAAGAGCACGAGGAACACCACAGAUUGCAAGAGCUUAAGAUCAGAGUGUACAAUCACACUGUGGAGUUCAAGAAGAAACGAAGGCUGGUUGUGGAUGGAAGGAUAACUAAUACUCCUGUCUCACCUACUGCUGGUCUAACCAUCCGGGAGCGUUCUUCUCGCAUCUACCUGAAGACGGACUUUGGACUCUCAGUGGAGUUUGAUGGACACAGCACAGCAGAGAUCAUUCUACCACGUAUUUAUCAGAGAAAGGUGGGGGGUCUGUGUGGGAACUUUGACGGUCAUAGCCGGAAUGACUGGAUAAAGCCUGAUGGAACCAGGGCCAGGAGUGUUCAGGAGUUUGGAGAGAGCUGGAGAGUAUGAAUAUCAGAUGGCUGUAAGGAUGAGACAUGGCACUCAAAAAUUCCCUGUAGAGGUUUUGACCACUAGUAGAAACAUUACUUUGGUAGUUUACAAGAAAACUCCACACUGAUAAUAACUGUCACCUUGUAAAAUAAGAACAGACAGAAUUAAUGCAGAUUUUGUUUCUUCCUUCGACAACACACCCGAUCCCAAUAGUUACUUGGUAUAUUUUGUUUGUUUUCCACCUCCAGCUUUUCAGGCCAAUAAAUACAGUUAAAUAACAAAUUCUUGCUGUUAUGAGUAUAAGUAUAUAUAAGUAUAUCACAGUAAAAAGACUUUGCUGCCUACUACUGCACUUGCAUUAUUAUUAUAUGCAUUCUGAAUGACUUCAAAUGAAUUAUUUAUCACUGUCUGAUACUGUUGGAAAUAAAUUGAAUGUGCAAUAAAUGAUUAUUCAAAAUGUUG